AUGGCCGCAGCCGCAACUUACAAGGACCGGCAAUUUCUCGCUGUCAUUGGAGAUGAAGACUCCGUGACCGGUCUCCUGCUCGCUGGCGUUGGACAUGUAACCGAUGGUCCCGACUCCCAGCGAAACUUCCUCGUCGUUGACAGCAAGACCGAGACCUCGGAGAUCGAGAAGACGUUUCAGAACUUCACCCAGGAGCGCAAGGAUAUUGCUAUUGUGCUGAUCAACCAACAUAUCGCAGAGCGGAUCCGCCAUGCGGUAGACACGUUCGCCGACCCAUUUCCCGCCAUUUUGGAGAUCCCUGCAGCAAAGACCACCCUUACGACCCGGAGAAAGACAGUGUUUUGA